AUGGGCAAGAACAAGAAGAAGAGAAAGGACCCCGCGCCUCACGCAAGGAGGGCAGCACCGAGUGAGAGACGACAGGUCAUUUCAUACGAUGACAUCGAGGGAGAAGCUGCGCCGCCCAUCCCACGCCAAAAAGUCUCGUACGGCAGCGACGACAACGACGAUGAAGGCGACCACGCCCCCGACCAGAGACAUGCAGUCGUAUCCAAAGAAGCCUUGAAGGAACGUGAGCGCCCGCAGACAGAUGUCACCUACGGCCAAGUCGGCGCUUUUCCUGGACUGGACCCACGCGACAAGGAUGUCUUCUACGGUCCUGCCAACGAUGGUCUUGACUAUCUACGCAUGGUCAGAUCCGAAGCACGUGGUAUUCCGCACAUCGUUCGCGCUCCGCCUCCCCAACCUCCUCAACCUAUUGACUACGAAGACGAUGACUACGAGGAACACGUCGACGACUACGGCGGCUACUACGAGGAAGAUUCCGAAGGUGAAGAUCAAGAUGGCUGGUAUGAAGAUGGUGCUUAUGUGGCUCCUCCUAUUGCCGCCCCGGUCAUAGGCCCUGUCCAGCCAGGCAUCAAAGCCCAGGAUGCAUUCUACAACUACCUCGAGGCUUGUUUCGAAACACUACGUCGCAACUUGAGAGCGUCGCCUUCGGUCCAAGCUGUCCAAAUUCUCGAUGAUCAGCAUCCCAUCUCUCUUCCUUCUGGCAAUAAAAUGGCAGACAAGGAGUGGAAGUACCACCUUCUAAACACAACUCCACUUCCUGCUCAACUUGCUUCUCUCGACUCUCCUUCUAUCCUUCGCUUGCUGAAGCUUGUCGAAGGCCAACUGGAAAACUGCCGCAAAUCAAACAUUCCGAAGAAUCUUGGCCUGUGGGCUUGGUCUUUAUUGGCAAAGCUAGACGAUGUCGGCUUGUUACAGACUAGAGAAGUCAGCGUAGUUCGAGACCUUGCCAAAAUGGCCAUCUGGGUACGUAUGAUGCAUCACAAAGCCAAGCACGGUAGGUCCAACGAUCCUGACUACGAACACAUCGACAACUACCCAGACGAGAACGCUGCCCAGCAUGAAGAAGGCGAAGUCGUCGACGCAGAUCAAGCAGACGCCACCGCAGCUGGUGCGCCAGAGGUCAAAUCAGUCGAGGAUGCACUAGCAGCACAGAUCCAGAAAGAGAUCGCACCGGAACAGGAUGCACAAGGAGACAUUGCCAUGGACCUGGACUCCGAAGACCAACUCUCAGAUGCCAUUGCUGCUAAGAAGCGCGAGUUGCAGACACAAGCCGAAGCUGAAGCCAAAAAGGAAAACCAAAAGCAAGAAGAGUUCCCUGACACUAACACGUGUGUGACUAUUGACAUGCUUGUCACGGUGGCUAGCGAGUUCUACGGUCAGAAGGAUCUUCUCGUUGGCCGUUUGCCCUGGGAUCAUCCUACUACUGAUUGA